GCAGCCAUUUUGUGGUGUCCCUGUUGCAUUUACUUGAACUUUAAAGUAUUUUCGUCUAUUUUACAUGGAAGCAUAACUUUUGUUGUGAUUUGCAAGUUUAUUUUGAUUUUUCAUUUUUCAAGUUGAAAAUGGAGCAAGAUGUUGAUGAAUAUAUAACUAUAUGCAGCUUAUGCUUGAGUUCGGGACGUACUCUGAUUUCAUUAAAUUGUUCAUCGUCUUUAUAUUCAAUAUUCCGAUUAUUAAUGAGCGAGUUCGUAGGAGAAGAGGUAAUUGCCAGUUUUUUGCAGAUGAAUAUAUUUAUAUGUUGGGAAUGUAUGGCGAUGCUGAAAAGAGUUGGCAGAUUCAGGAAACAGGUGCAAAAUGCACAGCAACAUUUGAAAAUAUUUUCAAUGAAUAACUCGCAAGAGAGUCUAGACCAUACCUACAUGUCCCAAUCUCUGUCGUCACUCGAAUGCGUCGUAAAACGAAACUACGACAGGGUGUUUGUAGACACAAAUGAACAAGUAGAAUGGACGUCACACUAUAUAGCUAUAACCCCGCAGGAUGUUAAGAACGAAAGCUUUGAUGUGAGCACUAUACAGGAGGCUGUUAGCUACAUGGACGACCAAAUUAUUGGAGUCCCCGAAUUGGUGUUAAAGAAUCCAUUGACCGGUGUUAUGUCGCACAUAGUUGUCGGUACGGAUCCAAUAGUGUCGUCUUCUCAGAAUAUUAAAGCGGAAUCUAAUGACUACAUAAUUAGACAAGAGCUAAAACAACAAGUACAAUACGCCAGCGCGGUUUAUAAAUGUGAAUUAUGUAUUAUCGGAUUUUAUAUGCAACAGCAGGUAGAGGAACACUUCGAAAGCGCUCACAAGGAGAGACCGAACACAGAAGCAUGUAAGAUCUGCUAUGUGUAUAUAGAUGUAGGUUCCUUGGAGUCUCACACGAGGUCACACUACACUCGAUACACCUGCAAGAUAUGUCCCAAGAGCGAGAUGAGCCUGCAGUUGAUAAAACACCACGUAAAAUCGCACCUGGUGAAACCGCUGCCAAAUAAUGUGUUCAAUAUUGAAGAGGCUGUGAUGAAGAAGAAAAGAAAGAAAGAUAGCAAUGAAGAUGGAGGAACAUCGAAGUCUGGCAACUUGAGGAAGCUUCUCUCGAAGACGACAAUAACUGGUUACAAGUGUUUGGAAUGUGAUAUGUUCUUUAAGAAUUCCCGUGCCCGAAAAAACCAUGUCGCCAGAUUCCACAGAGAAGGUUUGCAGUGUGACCAUUGUAAGAAGAGAUUUGUUAACAGGACUACACUGGCAACACAUCUUAAAUUACACGAAGGGCCACCCCCGCGCAAGGAAUGCCCCAUCUGCGGUAAGAUGGUGCGCGUGAUUCAGCUGAAGUACCACAUUCAGCGGCACCAGACGAGUACCAAAUACGAGUGUGAAGACUGCAGCAAGGUGUUCUCUCACCUGGCGACCUACCAGGCACACCUCAAGUACUCCAGGGCGCAUGCUACCGAGAUGGUGCUCAAAUUUCCUUGCCCAAUGUGCAACAAGGGGUAUCCGACAAAAGAAGCGAUGCAAGACCAUUUCAAUUAUCAACACCUGGGAAAGACAACUCACAAAUGUCCGAUAUGUGAGAAGCCAAUUGCGUCGAAAGCUAACAUCGAGAAGCACAUAAUGCGAGUCCACAAAGAGAAAAAGGAGAAACCGAAGAACCACGUGUGCAGAUUGUGUGGAAAAGCAUUUUCGGAUAAAAAAGCGCUGAAUCAACACGAGGUGAUCCACUCGUGCGAGCGCCCUCUAUCGUGCGAUAUUUGCUCGCAGACCUUCAAACAGAAGGCGUCGUUGUACACGCACAAGAAACGAGUUCACAAACACGUGACGCCAAAACGUGUCGUCGAAUUUAUGGAGAAAUAGUACCGGCCCGUCAAACAAACCUUUUUCAGAGAGUUUUCAUUUUCAUCAAAAAAUGUGUACAUAUUUUGAUCACAUAUUUUUCAAGUACCGUCAUUUUUAUGAGCUGUGACAAGAACAGAUUUUGAUCCUGAAUUUUUUACAACUACCGACAUUUUAAUUGAUAUUUCGUAGUGCAGUCAUUUUUAAUUAUUAUAGG